CCACAAUAUCCCAGUGUGUGACUAAGUAGAAGUUGACAGUUUUGGGACAUGGAUUGUAUAGGAAGGAAAGAUGCUCUGCGGUGAGCAUCAAUUUGGCGUGAUUCUCCUCAACGGCGUGGCAACGAAGGAUGAAAUGUGACUUCCGGUGAUUCUGCAGCCUCACCGUCUCCAUCCCCGCGGCCAGAGAUGCGCUUGAGUCUGGCGAAUCUCACGUGAGACACACAUGAACUCUGGGUGGCACCUGUCGCCGUCCUGAGGACAUGAUUCCCCUGCCAGGCACACCCGAGAGCCAUGCAUUUGUACGGAAAAUAUGGUGUGGCAUUUGUGCGUACAAAAAAGGAAAAUUAUGAAGAUGAGCAAAGAAUUCACGUGAGGAUUGAAUUGCACGAGGAUUUAAGCAAUAAAAACAGGAAUGAAAAUGCAACGAAAAGAGGAAUUGCGUCCAAUAACAUCUGUGAAGAUGAAACAUAUUGCAAGCCCUGCAGCACGAGUGGGAGAGAGCCUUGUUAUUUGUUACUAAUUGUAUGGAUCAUUUGCUGUAUCGUUAGGAGUAGAUAUUUUCUAUUGAAUUUGAUAUCGACAGCCAAUUGUGUGAACACCGUUGGAGGCAUUAAUCACGACGCCAAGGAGAAUCACAGGCGAAUUCGACGAUGGAUUCACAUGGUGGGCACAAUCAAUUUGUCCUCGGGACUGUGCUCGAUAUCAUCAGUGCGGGGCGAGUGUGAGCUUGGGGUGGAGCGUGGCCGAUUGUGGCGAAGCGUGUGGGCAUUUUGUGCCUCGUCACUGCCCCACACCGCCCCCCUGGGUCACGUGAGAUGGGCCCGAGCCGUCACGUGUCGGUCAAUUAAGCAGGAGUACAACGGCGGAGUCUGUCGAGUGCACUGGACGGACUCUCGGCCGGGCAGACUGGUGCUGACCAAGAGACUGAGCCGCCUGGUCAGCACCCCAUCGCUGGUCCUCCUCAUCGUGCUGCUCUCCGUCGCCUCGGCAUCCUCGCACACCAUCAAGUACAGUACAAAUGUGGUGAAGACCAAAUACGGACCACUGCGUGGCAUCAUCGUGAGGACCAACCCGCCCGUGGAGCUCUACGCCGGCGUCCCGUACGCCAGCCCGCCCGUUGGCAGCUUAAGGUACAUGCCACCGGUCACGCCCUCAACGUGGAAGAACAUAAAAUUGGCAGAUCGCUUCCCACCGGUUUGCCCCCAGAAGGUGCCGAUGCCGCCAAAUGGUGCCCUCGCCCUCCUCGACGAGCCCCGCGAGCGUCUGGCUCAGCUCCGUCGAUUUCAUCCCUUGUUGGCCAAUCAAUCCGAAGACUGUCUAUACCUCAACCUCUAUGUGCCGAAAAACGUUAAUAGUGAAAAUGGGGAUCAGAAUCGCUCAUUGGCAACAAUUGUUUACAUCCAUGGUGAAUCGUACGAGUGGAAUUCGGGAAAUUUGUACGAUGGCUCUGUCCUGGCGGCUCAUGGGAACAUAAUCGUCGUCACGAUUAAUUUUAGAUUAGGUGUUCUGGGUUUUCUCAAAACGGGUACAAAGGAAAGCGCUCAGGGGAAUUUCGGCCUGAUGGACCUCGUGGCUGGCCUCCAUUGGCUUCGUGAGAAUCUGCCCGCAUUCAACGGUGACGCCAACAGGGUCACGCUGAUGGGUCACAGCACAGGAGCAGCUCUAGCCAACAUUCUCGUCGUGUCGCCCGUGGCAAGAGAUUUGGCUGCACGGGCCAUUCUGCUGAGUGGCUCAGCACUUUCGCCAUGGGCUAUCCAGAGAGAUCCACUGUAUGUGAAGAGGCGCGUCGCUGAGCACACAGGCUGCCAUGGAGAUCUCCUAGAGGACGACCUGGCGCCCUGCCUUCGCACCAAAUCCCUCAGUGACCUCCUUUCCGUGACCCUGGACUCACCAAGAUUUCUUCCUGGAUUUGCUCCAUUUGUCGAUGGCACGGUCAUCGUAAAUCCCACCUCAUCUGUGACAAAUGCCUUGAUCCUACCCACCGGAUCCGCUCUGGCAAGUACCACUGGACUGGAGUUGGCUGACUUCCCAAGUCGGGAGCUGCUCUUCGGUCUCACCUCGAUAGAGUCAUACCUGGACCUUAGCGCCCAAGACCUGGAGUUCGGGUUCAACGAGACAAGGAGGGACCGCAUCCUGAGAACGUACGUGCGGAACAUCUAUCACUACCACUUAAAUGAAAUUUAUUCAGCUUUAAAGAACGAGUACACAGAUUGGGAGAGACCGCCUCGGAAUCCGACAGGAGCGAGAGAUGCGACACUUGAUAUCUUAAGUGAUGGCCACACCGCAGCGCCGCUCGUCCGGCUUGGGUACAUGCACAGUCUUCGCGGAGGACGAUCCUACUUCCUCCAUUUCAGGCAUCAGUCCGGCGAACGUGAUUUUCCGCAACGCACUGGUUCGGUUCGAGGUGAAGAUGUGCCUUUUUGUCUAGGACUUCCAUUAUCCCCGCUCUUUCCAUACAACUACACCAAAGAGGACGUGCGAAUCAGCAAGAUGUUGGUGCACUAUUUGACAAAUUUCGCCUCUUUUGGGAAUCCCAAUGGCCCGCUGCCCAUGGCGAACGCCGAAGAGAUUCGGGAGCGCCUGAGAAGCAGCAAAUUUAAGAGGAAAGUCAGAAGCUUCAGCACAGAAGACGAUGGCAGUGACAACGUUGAAGAGCAGAGAGGCAGACGGGAUCGCAUGGACGAGCUGGUGGGUGAGGAGGCGCCUUUCUGGGACACAUACGACGCAAUCAAUCAACUGUAUCUCGAACUUGGGAGCAAAGUGGAGGCUCGCAAUCACUAUCGGGGUCACAAAUUAUCCAUGUGGCUCAGCCUAAUACCGCAGCUCCACUCCGGCGAUGCCACGGAAUUAUCAAUGCGCCACCAUCAUUUUCUCGAGGAGAGUGCACAGUAUUACGACGGAAUUGUUCGACCACAAUCACUCCAUAGACCGGCAACACCUGCAGUGAAAACGGAACUCAAUGCAGCCACAUCGAGUGUCGCCACAAAAUCGAGUGUCUUGAAAGCGACAAUGAGCACAGCAUCGCCAUCAAACGCUACGUCACUUCACACGACCACAGAUUGCCCACCAAACGCCACGGUAGUGCCAACAAUCGCGGCUACACGGCCGCAUCAGCAACAAGAGCCGGUAAUUCAGGAGGGCAACAAUCUGCUCCGCCGCUUAGCCAAUAGUCAAUUCCAUAGUUACACUACCGCACUUACCAUCACCAUCGCCGUGGGUUGUUUCUUGCUGCUCCUCAACAUUCUCAUCUUCGCCGGCAUUUACUAUCAGCGCGAGAAGCGUGCAGGGGAUGCAAAACGCAAGGAGGAGCUAUUCGAAGCGGAGACGCCGCUUUCUCCUACCCUCAAAGGACACAGUCGCAAAGGCAGUCUGCAGAGCCUGCCACCGGGAUUCCACUUCCAUCACCAUCACUUUCAUCAGCAACCUCGCACCGGCAGCUUCGUGGAACUAUCUUUUGACGGCUCAACGGGCGAGAAGAAGUUCUGCGAUGUGGAGCUUCAGGACUACCAGUGCUCCCCGGCCAACAGUUCCACGUCCAGCAGCCUGCGCGUGCCAGAGUGCAAGCGGUCCUCGCCACAUGAGCUGCCGACCCAUGUGCCUCAGAUUUUCUCCACGAGUCAGCAAACGGACUGUCCGCACACCAGCCAGGCCAGUCACUGCAACCAGGGCACCCAGAGCGACCGCCCGCCUUCGCAGGAUGUUAGCACUGAGGUCACCGAGACGGACAUCCAGCCGGACGGCAGCCUGGACAUCCCAGAUCCGCCGCCGCCGCCCAAGCUCUUCCACGGCGUCGGCAUUCUGCGCCAACAGGGUGGCGCUAGCCAGGCUCCCGGCUCUAGUAAGAAGCGUGUUCAAAUCCAGGAGAUAUCCGUGUGAUUCCCUGAAUUCUCCUGACAGCUAUCAGAACGCUGUCGUCAAAUCAAAUUGAUAUGAAACUGUGUGUGUGAUUUUAGCCAAGACAAGCAUAAUUAAAUAAUAAUUGAAAUACUUUUGCUUUAGUCAAACGGCGAAGAGAAAUGUUGUUGAUAAAAGAAGUCCCGCCCACACCAAUGCCCCGCCUACUUAUCUGAAGAGCGAACUUCUUUCUUCAAAAAACAAUCAAGUUUGCUGCUUAACUAAAGCAAAGUUUAGCCUAAUAAUUGUCCUAUUUCUCACGCUGAGUGCGGUGAAGAAGUGAGAUUCGAUGUGAAAAGAUUAGACAAUUUUCUCAAUGUCGAGGAGGUUUUAAUCCUAAUGUGUGAGAGUGUUAAUAGUGUUGUAACAUUUGGAAUUGAUUGAGUACAUAAUUUUUCGAAAAAAGACACUGAACAAAUAUUCCUAUAUAGUGAGAAAUAUAGAUGAGAUCAAUUCGUUUAUAUUUCUUCUGUUGACAUAGAAAAGAAAAACUGAAAUAUUACUAUGGAAAUUCUAUUGUGUGUUUUUUCCGUUUACAAGAGUCAUUUAGUUGAGGAGAUUCUAUGGAGUGGUAAAUCCAUUUAUCGAAAUAUUUAAUGUGACGAAAGUGAAGAGCAAAGGCGAGAAUAUUUACGGAGGCGUUCUUAAAAAAAAUACUCAAUGUUAAAUGGAUUUUGCAAUUAAUAGUGUAGCAGAUGGGAAACUGAAUAGGAGAAAGAGGAAAAAUUGAGAAAAGGACAUGAGAAGAGAGUGAAUUAAUAUAAAAUAAACAUAAAUGUAUUCCUUCUAUUCAAAUCACUGGAAUCGUUCUUAAUGCAUACGCUGGACAUUUUAGUUGAGCAUUUUAUUAUACCAUAUUGUUAAACUAAGGCUAAAAGCCCUCAAAAAACUUCCAGAUGAAAACUCAUACAACUGUGCACGAAUCUUCUUCUUUUGAUCAAAUAAUCAUUCCAUUUAUCUGCCUUCAAUCACCAUUUUCCGCAAGAGUAGCAGACAGACAGUGUACAAAUUAAUUUUCUCAAUUUUCCCUUCACUUGAUUCGCCCGAAAUUAACUUGAUUGGGAACCAGUGUGAGGCCCACAUUAAAUAUUGAAUAAAACUCAUUGUCUGGCAAAUAGUCAAAUGAUUUACAGGAUAAUAAUAAUGAUGAUGCAUUGGGGGAAAAUUUGGUAAGAGCUUUCAAUAGCGCUUAUUGACUUUAUUCUGUUAAUUACGCUGCACGAGGGCUUUCAAAACAAUCUUGUGUGCCAGGUAUGGGGAGAGAGCAUUUGCAGUGGUGUGAAUAGAAUGGCAAUUUUUAACCCUUCCAAUUUAUAAACGAUGAAAGCCACACACUAUGAUAAAGGAACAUGAAAUUAAAUCAAUCAACUAACAAUAACAGUGAAUUAUAAUCGAUUUUUGAGGGUAGAGAGGGAAUUUUAUCCAUGGGGAGACUCUGGUAAAAUUUAUAUUGUUGUUCAUACACAUAAUGAUACUGUUCCAAGAAGAAGAGAGAAAAAACACCCAAUGUAACAAUUUAUAAAAGAGUAUGUGAGUGAAGUAUUUCUCAAACUCUUGUGUAAAUAGCUCAAGUAUUGUGACUAAGAGAAUGAAAAUCAAUAUAUAUUGUAUAUAUAAAAAACUAGGUGAAAUAUAAGGAAAAAUCCA